CCCGUCGAUUCUUUAAGCAAACGGCAAUAGUAAUCGAGCAUAGAGCGGCAAUGGAAAUUCACAGCACCAACAAGCUGAUCAGCCACCACCACUCUGCUCCUCCUCCUCCUCCACCCACCCUUACACGCCGCGCCAAACUUCUCCUCACCGUCCUCAACUGCCUCCUCCUCAGCGUCGGCAACUGCAGCGGCCCUAUUUUCCUCCGCAUCUACUACCUGCACGGCGGCCGCCGCAUUUGGCUCACUUCCUUUCUUGAAACCGCCGGAUUCCCCCUCCUACUUAUCCCCCUCUCAAUCUCCUACCUUCACCGCCGCCGUUCCAAUCCUUCAACGCCUCUCCUCCACCUCACUCCCCGUCUCCUCCUGGCCUCGUCUGUGCUCGGGGUCAUCACCGGCCUCGAUGACUUCCUUUACAGUUAUGGCCUCAACUUCCUCCCUGUCUCCACCUCCUCCGUCCUCAUCGCGUCUCAGCUGGCUUUCACGGCGAUCUUCGCUUUCUUAAUAGUGAGGCAGAAAUUCACCCCCUUUUCGGUCAACGCCGUGGCGUUGUUAACCAUUGGCGCCGUCAUCCUGGCUCUGCAUACGAGCGGUGAUCGGCCGGCGGGGGUGACUGCGGCGGGGUAUUGGAAAGGGUUUGUUUUGACAAUUGGGGCGGCGGCGCUGUACGGUUUGUUUUUGCCGUUGGUGGAGUUGACUUAUGACAAGCUGGCUGGAAGGGCGGCGGUGACUUACACUCUGGUCAUGGAAAUGCAGCUUGUUAUUGGAUUUUUCGCCACUGGAUUCUGCGCCGUCGGGAUGAUUGUCAACAAGGAUUUUCAGGCAAUCCCAAGAGAAGCAGCCGAGUAUGGACUCGGAGAGACAAAGUACUAUCUUGUCAUCAUCGCCGCCGCCAUAUUCUGGCAAUGCUUCUUCCUCGGCGCCAUCGGAGUAAUCUUCUGCGUCAACACUCUGCUCUCCGGAAUCAUCAUCGCCGUCUUCAUCCCUGUUAUUGAAGUAUUGGCCUUCAUCUUCUUGCACGAAAAUUUUAGCAGUGAGAAAGGGGUAGCCCUCCUUCUCUCUCUAUGGGGUCUUGCUUCCUAUUCUUAUGGUGAGUAUAGACAGGCGCAGGAGAAGAAGAAGGAACUACAACCAGCUCCAGCUCUCAGCACCGUCUAAGACUUCUUUUAGCACAAUUUUAUUUUAGCUUUCAAGAGAUUUUUAUACUAAAAAUUGCUUUUCAAAAAGUAAUAAGGAAGCCGUCCCAAACGAAGCCUCUGCCUUAUGUGGCUAUUAUUGAUGAGUGGAAAGAAUGAUGGCUGAUUUAGGGGAGCAAUUAUUAUGUCUAGUACCGAGUUUUAGGUGACGUCGCGCAUGGUUAUUGAUCUUUGAACGCAUUCGGUGACCGGACAUAAUAAUUGCUCGAUUUAUGGAUUGUUAUGGGUGGGAUUUAAGUAAUUAUAGCUUAAAUUCCGUCAAACAUUUUGGUAAUAUAAUUUUGCAUAUCUAAAUUGAUUUUGCAUAGC